AUGGCAGAUGAGAUACUCAUAUUGACAUUUACUGACCUCCAGGUGCUGAUGGGCGGGGUCAAAAAUGGAAGCAUUGUUACUCAGAUGACCGAUAAGGCCCUUGGGCCUCUUGUAAGAUCGAGCAAUGAAGCUGGUUCACUACGACAGAAGCACUUAAAGCCUACGACAUACGAGACAAUGUCUGAAACAAGAGACAAAGUUACAACAGAGAAAUUCAGGGUCAAAAGGCGACUUGGUCUGUUAAGUUCAGUUUCUCUCAUCGUGGGUAACAUUAUCGGUUCGGGGAUCUUUAUAUCACCAAGGAAUGUCUUGGCUAAAACUCGGUCUGUUGGUCUUUGUUUGGUCACAUGGGCAUUGUGCGGUGUCAUUUCCAUGUGUGCUGCAUUGGUAUAUGCAGAGCUAGGGACUCUGAUUCCGAAAUCUGGUGCCGAGCAUGCGUACUUCCUGAAGACUUACGGUUCAUUUGUUUCUUUCCUGUAUGUAUGGUGUCAAGCCUUUGUCACUAUGCCAGGUUCAAUGACCGUGAAAGCUCUCACUCUAUCCGAGUAUCUAUCAGAGGUUAUCUUUGACGAAUGUGGACAAUCAAUGUAUAUGAAAAAGAUCAUAGCUACAACUGCAAUAUAUAUCAAAGACUUACCGUUGCUUUUAACAGUGUCUGUAGCAAUUACCAACUGUAUCAGCGUUCGCCUUACUGCUCGGGUCCAGAUUUUCUUUACGUUUGUUAAACUGAUGGGAUUAGUCGUUAUCAUAGUUGGAGGAAUAUGGUGGAUGUCCACAGGUCAAUUUGGGAGCCUGGUAACUGGAUUUGACGGUACAACAAAUAACGUUCAGGACUUUGCACUGGCUGUGUAUAGUGGCCUAUGGGCUUAUGAUGGAUGGGGAGGGCUUAAUUCUGUUACAGAAGAAAUAAAGAACCCUAAAAGGAAUCUUCCUCUGGGCAUUGUGAUAUCAGUGUUGUUGGUCACCGCUGUUUAUCUUUUAGUCAACGUGUCGUACCUAUCUGUUCUUACCAAAUCCGAAUUUCUGUCAUCCUUGGCCGUGGGCGUGACAUGGGCUGAACAAGUGAUUGGUCCCGCUGUGAUCCUCAUACCAAUUGUUGUUAUCUGUUCAGUUUAUGGUUCAAGCAAUGGAUCUAAUUUUACCAGUUCAAGGUUGUUGUUCCAGGCUGCCAGAGAAGGACACAUGCCAGAACUUUGUUCUUAUAUACACGUUCACAGUCUGAUUCCAUUGCCGUCUGUUCUGUUACUCACGACGUUAAGCCUUAUAUAUAUGAUCCCUGCAGAGAUAUCGGGUCUCAUGAACCUCCUUAACUUCAUUGGGUGGUUGUUCUAUGGAAUGGCAAUGAUAGCUGUCAUUAUACUCAGGUGGAAAAUGAAGGAUACAAAGAGAGUUAUUAAGGUGCCCCUUGUAAUACCAGUACUGGUGUUAUUGAUCUGCGUGUAUCUGGUAGUAACACCAUUUAUACAGGACCCAAAGGUAGAAUUCCUGUACGCUUUAGCAAUAUUGGGACUUGGAGCAGUUGUUUAUGUCCCGAUGGUACACUUCAAAGUUCGGAUGCCUGGCAUGGUUUCACUGGCACACAUGGGACAAUGCUUAUUAGAUGUGGUUCCAACACACUUGGUGAAAGACGACGAGCUAUGA